AUGGAGUGCGACGCGACCGCCGGAGAUGAGAGCAACCGAGUGAACGACGACUGCCGUGGCUGCGGGGACAGGUUCUUCGUGAGCGUGGACGGAGGCUGGGUCUGUGCCCGGCGCAUCGAUAAACAUGAAGGCGGGGAAGUUGGCAGCUUGUCUGUAGUGAAAGUUGAUGUGACCCUGGCAGCCUGGGGUAUGGACUUGAAGAUCCACUGCAAGGACUACGGCCAUUCUCGAGACGUCGUCAAGGUCACCAUUGGUGCCAGCACCGUCGGUACCAGGUGUGUUCAGGCGAGCCAGAACGUGCAAUGCGCCUCCUACGCGGCGAACCUGGGCUACCGUCAGAACUCCGACUGGGCGACUGCGGCGGAUACCUGGGAGAUCACCACCAACGGCAGGCAAGUCUGUGCGAGGCGCACCGACCACCACGCCGCGUGGGCGAUGAACUUGAAGAUUGCCUGCCAAGCAGCCUGA